ACACAAAAUCUUCUGGGCAACUUUCGAGCAAUCAUGUUGGUUAAGCACAUUGUCAAGCAGGGGCUUAUGCUCAAAAAUGUUGGUGCCAUGUCGCGCGCUGCUUACCACGGUGGCGGCCACCACCAGCACUCCACGAUGAACGAUUUGCCCGUGCCCGCUGGUGACUGGAAGGAGCAGCACAGCCAGCAGAACACCAAAUACAAUGCCAUCCUCAUUGCCGGUGUGUUGGUGUUGGCCGGAACCAUUGGAUUCGUCAAGUCUUCUGGUUUGAUUUACUUCAACUACAGCCCCCCCAAGGAUUUGGACUAAACCACAUCUCCAUCUUAAUGUAUAUUGUACUUGAAAUGUGUUUGAAAUAAGCUUAAAGUGGCGACAUAGUAAAUCAGAGAUCCAACACUAAA